CUCUCAUCCUUUGCAAUGGAGAAGAACCAUGAAUUCUUCUCUACUGCAAAGCUCAACUUCUUCAUUCUUCUUUUCAUCAUGAUGGUCCAUGACCUUAGUCACGGCUCACGAAUCGAUCAAGCAGGUCCACUCAGGGCCUUGCGCCGCGCUAAAAUGAAAGCUCAAGGUGGUACUUAUCCUUCUGAUGAUGAGAAGUUGAGUCCGUCAAGUAAUUCAGGUGGACAACAAUCUUCUUCUGAUGUUGGGAAGAUGGAAGAUGAUCUCAUUAAAGGUGGCCUUCCUGGACAGCCAUCUGGGGUAUUGUUUAAUCAGUAUGCAGGGUACAUUACUGUUGAUAAAUCCAAUGGCAGAAGCCUUUUCUAUUACUUUGCUGAGGCUGCCGAAAAUCCCUCUUCUACCCCUCUAAUUCUUUGGCUAAAUGGAGGACCCGGUUGUUCUUCACUUGGGGUUGGUGCCAUGGUAGAGAAUGGACCUUUUGGAGUUAAACCAGAUGGUAAAACUCUGUAUCUUAGGCAACAUUCAUGGAACAAAGUUGCAAAUGUUUUGUUUCUGGAGUCCCCGGCCGGUGUCGGAUUCUCCUACUCCAAUACCAGUUCCGACUACGCCACAGCAGGGGAUAAAAGGACAGGUGAAGAUACAUAUAUAUUCUUGACAAGUUGGUUCAAAAGAUUUCCGCAGUAUAAGGCUAGGGAUUUAUAUAUCAUGGGUGAAAGCUAUUCAGGCUAUUACAUUCCAGAGCUUUCAGAGUUAAUCAUCAACACAAACAUGGAGGUGGACUCUUCCUUAAAGAUCCAACUCAAGGGCAUCAUGAUAGGAAAUGGAAUAAUGGAUGAUGAAACAGAUGGGAGAGGAAUGUAUGAUUAUAUUUGGAGCCAUGCAUUGAUUUCAGAUGAAACUCAUAGAGGACUUAAAGAGCACUGCAAUAACUUCACCGGCCCCAACUGUGAGGAGUUUGUAGACAAAAUUGGGAAAGAAAUUGGAAAGAUAGAUUUUUACAACAUCUACAGUCCCCUGUGUUUGUCUUCCCCAGACUCAUUACCGACGAAACCGAUACGCUUCAGAGGCUAUGAUCCCUGUGAAGAAAACUAUGCUUAUUUGUAUCUCAAUCUCCCUCAUGUACAACAAGCUUUACAUGCCAACACCACCAAACUGCCCUAUGCUUGGGACUAUUGCAGCAAGGUGCUCACUUCUUGGAAGGAUAGUCCAUCGACUGUGAUCCCUAUAUACAGAAGGCUCAUUUCCUCCGGUUUACGCAUACUUCUUUACAGUGGUGACAUGGAUGCAGUUGUUCCGGUAACAGGCACACGAUAUUCGAUUGAUCUUUUGAACCUUAAAGUGAUCAAACCUUGGCAUCCUUGGUCAGAUGGUACCAGAGAAGUGGCUGGAUACCAAGUGGUUUAUGAUGGACUAACUUUUGCUACAGUUCGAGGUGCUGGUCAUGAAGUUCCGCGAUUUCAGCCUCGCAGAACCUUGGCUCUGUUGAAGAUGUUUUAUAAAAAGAAAGGAUUAAUGUAUUUGAUCAAACAACAUUUCUACAACGCAGCAUCAAUGAAGGUUGCAUUUCUAAUAUCACUUCUUCUUAGCCUCGUGGCUUUCAUACAAUGUUAUGCAGGGAUAGGAUUUGACCCUCUUGAAAAAAUUUUGGAGGCUCAACGGUCAAGAAAAUUCUCAGCCAGCUAUGUCACCAAGGCUAUGGAGACAGAAUAUUCGCCUGUUUAUGUAGGCCGUCAAGGUGGUUUGAAAGAAGUUGACAAGAUCACAACAUUGCCGGGGCAGCCUAAUGGAGUGAAUCUUGUUCAGUACUCUGGCUAUGUCACUGUUGAUCCUAAGGCCGGUAGAGCAUUGUUCUAUUACUUCGUCGAGUCCAAAAACUCUUCUAGUAAGCCUCUUGUGCUGUGGCUAAAUGGAGGACCUGGCUGCUCCUCUUUCGGAAAUGGAGCAAUGAUGGAACUUGGACCAUUUCGAGUCAAUAGUGAUGGCAAAACCCUAUCAGAAAACAAAUAUGCUUGGAACAAUGCUGCAAAUAUCCUAUUCUUGGAAUCUCCAGCAGGUGUUGGAUUUUCUUAUUCGAACACAACAUCAGACUCCGGUACAAAUGGAGAUAAAAAAACUGCAGUGGAUUCUUAUACCUUUCUAGUGAACUGGUUGGAAAGGUUUCCAGAAUACAAAACCCGAGAUUUCUUCAUAUCCGGAGAGAGCUACGCUGGGCAUUUUGUUCCUCAGCUUGCUCAACUAAUCCUUCAAAACAACAAGAUCACAAAGCGGACUGUCAUUAACUUAAAAGGAAUAGCUAUAGGUAAUGCAUAUAUAGACUAUGAAACUUCAUACACAGGAAUGUACGAUUAUUUCUGGUCACACGCUAUCAUUUCCGAUGAAACUCAUGAAGGGAUUGUUUUGAAUUGCAAUUUUUCUUCGGAAACUGACUCAGAUGCAUGUGCAACCUAUAUUGAUCAAGCUAGGCGAGCUCGAGAAAACAUCUUCUUUUAUGACAUCUAUGCCCCCUUUUGUUCUUCAUCUUCAAACGCUCCAUCGCUAUCAGCAUUUGAUCCAUGCUCAGAUACUUAUGUCCACUCUUACCUUAACACUCAUGAGGUGCAAAGAUCACUUCAUGCAAAUGUCACAGGUCUUCCAGGCACAUGGGAAUCUUGCAGCUUGGAUGUAGCUAUUACUUGGAUCGACAAGCCAUUAACAGUCUUACCCACCAUUCAGGAGCUGAUGGGCAGUGGUAUUAGUGUUUGGAUCUAUAGCGGAGACACAGAUGGUAGAGUGCCAGUGACAACAAGUAGGUAUGCCAUAAAGAAGCUCAAAACAUCAGUUGAGACUCCAUGGUAUCCCUGGUACACCCAAGGCGAGGUUGGUGGGUACGCAGUUGGAUACAAAAACCUAACAUUUGUGACCAUAAGAGGAGCUGGACACUUUGUUCCGAGUUACCAACCAGCUCGAGCACUGGCCUUCUUUUCAUCCUUCUUGGAUGGAAAGCUUCCACCAUCUAAUCAGAACUGAAGAAUUAGCUGAGAAUAAAUAAUUAAGACUUGAAAAGGAAUUAGAAUAUAAUGAUACCAGAGAAGUGGCUGGAAACCAAGUAGUUUAUGAUGGAUUAACUUUUGCAACAGUUCGAGGUGCUGGUCAUGAAGUCCCACGAUUUCAGCCUCAUGGAGAGCCUUGGCUCUGUUAAAGAUGUUUGUAGAAUGAAAACAGUAGAUUUUUGUGUUUCUACCACCAUUAAAAUUGGGAAACGAUACCAAUUUGUUCGGUUACUGGCAUCAUUCUUCUACUAAUACAAUUGAAGGUGAAGUGUAUGCAACGAAUCAUUCUAUCACAUAAAAUUACUGAUAUGUAAUAAUCUGUUAUCAGUUUGGAAUUCAUUUCUCUGUUA